AGGCAGGAAAAGUUUCUUCUCUUUCCGAGCCGGAGCUAGAAUCGGGGUGGAGAACAGAGAAAGUCACCUUCUUGAGCUCUGGAAGAACGCGACUCCGGAGUUCUCACCCGCUCCUCCACUCCUGGGGGAGGGCCGCAGUCUCUGCCAUGUCUGGCCCCACCUGGCUUCCCCCAAAACAGCCGGAGCCGACCAGGCUCCCCCAGGGAAGAGCGCUCCUGAGGGGCACUCCUGGCCCCUCAGUCCACGGAGCAGCCCACCCCCACCCCUGUAUCAAUUCCUACCAUGUUCCAGCAGAGCAAAGCUAUCAGGGCCCAGGCCGACAAGAAGAACAGGCACCAGUUUUGGGGAGAUGCCCUGGAGUCUCCCAAAGCACACAGGGGCUUCGGUCAGACAGGGGAGCCAUACACCUAGGAAGUCUGGAUGCAGAAAUAGAUUCAUUGACCAGCAUGCUGGCUGACCUGGAUAGUAGUAGGGGCCAUGCCCCAUGUCGUCCAGACAGACAGGCAUAUGAGCCCCUUCGACCCCCUCCCCACCGCAUGGGUCUCCUGAAACCAGGUGGAGGAGUGACCACUCCACCUAGGGUCCCUGCCCCAUCUUAUGGAGGCCCUACCCCUGCCUCCUAUACUACAGCCAGCACUCCAGUUGGCCCUGCCUUCCCGGUGCAGGUGAAGGUGGCUCAGCCUGUAAGGGGGUAUGGACAAUCCUGGCGGGGUGGCCCUCAGGCCUCUAGUCCACCCCCUGCUCCUUACCCUUCUUCCACCAGUUGGGCUGAGUCUUGGGGGGUUUCCUAUGAGGGGCAAAGAGAACUUGGGGCCAAAGAGGAUAGUGUUGGAGCCUCUGGUCCAAGAGGAGGAAGAAGAACAGGAGGAGGAUAUAUACCCAAGGCUGCCCCCAGCAGGGCCCCCCCUGAGGAAGAGCUGGAGAGACUAACCAAGAAGCUGGUGCAUGACAUGAACCAUCCACCCAGUGGAGAAUACUUUGGCCGAUGUGGGGGCUGUGGGGAGGACGUGGUAGGGGAUGGUGCUGGAGUUAUUGCCCUUGACCGUGUCUUCCAUGUUGGUUGCUUUGUCUGCUCCACAUGCCGGGCUCAGCUCCGGGGCCAGCACUUCUAUGCAGUGGAGAGGAAGGCAUAUUGUGAAAGCUGCUAUGUGUCUACCCUGGAAAAAUGUUCCAUAUGCUCCCAGCCUAUCUUGGACCGGAUUCUACGGGCCAUGGGGAAGGCCUAUCAUCCUGGCUGCUUUACUUGUGUUGUGUGUCACCAAGGCCUUGAUGGCAUUCCCUUCACAGUGGAUGCCACCAGCCAGAUCCACUGUAUUGAAGACUUCCACAGGAAAUUUGCCCCUCGAUGCUCUGUGUGUGGUGGUGCCAUCAUGCCUGAGCCUGGGCAAGAGGAGACUGUGAGGAUUGUUGCCCUUGAUCGAAGUUUCCACAUUGGUUGCUACAAAUGCGAGGAAUGUGGACUGUUGCUGUCAUCAGAGGGAGAAUGUCAGGGCUGCUACCCCUUGGAUGGUCACAUACUAUGCAAGACCUGUAGUGCUUGGCGAAUCCAGGAGCUCUCAGCCACUGUCACCACUGACUGCUGAGAUUCUCCACAAUUGUGACCUGCCAGCAUGUCCUCCUAACAUUCCCCUACCCAUCUUGCUCCCAUUUGUAAUUAGAUGCUAAGUCUCAUGCCCCUUACCCCCAAUCGUUACCACAUAACUGCUGAACCCCAGGACUACUUCCUCUGCCUGUGAGGAGAGCAGGAAUUGCUGGACCAAGGAGUUGGAUUGCUAUCAUACAGGGAGGGGAGUGGAGAAAGGUGCAGGGGAGGUUGGGUUGAAGCUGAUGGGGUAGUAGCUUGGGCUGUAGAGGCAGUCAAAGGGCUAAAUGCUUGGUUUACAGGGUUAUUGGACACCUGGGUUCUGGGAGGAAAUAGAACUGGAAAACUGAUCCUGAGAUUGUCCUGUUUUGGGAAGAGUGCUACCCUAGAGGAAAGUGUUUCAUGGGCUCCAAGCUCAUCUGACCCUUUGGGCCAUGGAAAAGACCUGCCAUCUUGGCUAUUCAUUAUGUAAGAGAGGACCUUCUUUAAAGUAAAUCCUUCAAGGCUGCAAAGGCCACCAGGCCUGGCAGCACAAAGGAAUAGGGAAAGCCACAAGGAUUUCACUUAAUCAUAGACUCCCAGAGUUACAAUGGAUUUCAGAGGACACCCUUACCUCAGACAUCUGGUCAACAAGCAUUUAUUAAUUACCUACUAUAUGCUAGACACUGUACUAAGCAUUAGGGGAAACAACAUAAAAACAACCUCUACAAACAAAACUAUAUACAGGUUAAGUUGGAGAUAACCAACAAAGGAAAGGCACGUUAAGGGGAAUGAGGAAAGGCUUUUUUUUUUUUUUAAGUGAGGCAAUUGGGGUUAAGUGACUUGCCCAGGGUCACACAGCUAGUAAGUGUUAAGUGUCUGAGGCUGGAUUUGAACUCAGGUACUCCUGAUUCCAGGGCUGGUGCUCUAUCCACUGCACCACCUAGCUGCCCCGAGGAAAGGCUUCUUAUUGAAGGUAGGAUACCUGGGACUUCAAGAAAUCCAGGGAAGCCAGGAAGUGGAGAUGAGGAAGAGACUUGCAGGCAUAGGGAAUGGUCUGUGAACAACCACUGAGCAGGGAAAUGGAGUCUUUGGAGCAAGGAAGAGCAAGGAAGAGCAAGGAGGCCAAUGUCACAGGAUCAGAGAGUACUUGGGGUAAGUAAGCUAUAAAAAGAUUGGAAAGGUAGGAAAGAGCUAGGUUGUGAAAGGCUUUGCCAGAGGAUUUCAUAUUUGAUCCUGGGGGUGAUAGGGAGUCACUGGAGUUUAUUGAACAUAGGAGUGACAUGGUUGGACCCAUGCUUUAAGUUGGUCACUAUUGAGCGGAGGAUGGUUUGGAGUAGGGAGAGACUUAAGGCAGAGACCAGCCAAAAGACUAUUGUAAUGGUCCUGAAAAAAAAUUCCUCUAAAACAACACUUAGAGUAGUACCUAGCACAUAAUAGGCACUUAAUAAAUAUUUUUUCUUUGACUGAUGCCUGACAAGAGGUCCUCCAGCCUUUGCUUAAAGACCCCCAUUCUCUCAUACCAGCCCUUUUGGAUAGCUUGAAUUGUUGGGAAGCUUUUCCUUAUAUCAGACACAAUUUGCCUCUUUGGGGGCUACCAUUCGUUACCAAGCAGAAUAGUUUGGGAAGAAUGCUGAAUUAGGAGUCAGAGAGAGAAGCAGGGUUUGAAUUCUAGUUAUACCAUUUACUUUGUGACCUUGAGCAAAUAAAUCACUUGAACAAAAUGGCCUUCAAGGUCCUUUGCCUUUGUAAAUCUAUCAUCCUAAGGCUAAUGAAGGCACUCAUAUUGCUCUGUCUUGUCUUUUUUGGCUAAAUAGCCCUAAUUCAAGUCCUUAUAGGGUGGGAUCCUGAGGCCCCUAAUUGCUCCUCCCCCACCCUGCCAUACUCUCUUUGACAACUAACUUCUCCAUUCCCCCGUUGCCCUAAUAGAGUGUUGCACUCCCAGUAGCUUUAUUGGGCUCCUUAAGCUCCUACUUCUAGUUUACUUUUGCCUCCUGGGAGAGGAAGAGAUUCUCUAUACUCAAAAUAGGCAUUAUUUUAAUGAGAGGUGGGGCAGAGGGAAUCAGGUGUUCCUGCUGGUUGGGGCCCAUGUUUCUCUCUUUUCCUCAGCCAUUCUCCUCCUUCCCCAGGAUAUAUGGAUCCUCCACAUCAAGAUGCUGGCAAAGAUAAGUUAGAAACUGCGUAAUUCAUAAUUUUAUGAGUAAGGCAGAAAUUUGGAUAACCCUUUAAAGAGAGU